AUGCACGCUCCGACGCUCUUGUGCACGCUCUCACUUCUCGCGGCCAUGACGGCGACGGCCCAGAACAAGGUACCAGCGUCCGGUUGGGUGAGCCCGCUCGUCAUCAAGGGCUACAAGUUUUUCGAGCACACGACGGGUGCUGAGUUCCGCAUCAAGGGUGUGAGCUUCUUCCCGCGUGCAAACGCUGGCACCAAAUUCAACGCCAACUCGAUCGACUGGUUCUCGGACGACAUGGAGACGAUCUGGCGCCCGCAGCUCGAGCAGCUCAAAGCGCUUGGCGCCAACACGGUCCGCAUGUAUGCGGUCGAUCCGUCCAAGUCGCACGACAAGUUUAUGUGCGAGCUCAACAAGCUCGGCAUGUAUGCGUUUGUCGGCAUGUCGGCCGUCUGCGAGGGCUGCUACAUCCUCGACGAAGAAACCCCGAAAUGCUACUCGCCGGCGAUGUUCACGCGCGCCCAAAUGAUCUACAACGCGUUUGCAGUUUACGACAACGUGCUCGGUUUCAGUGUCGGCAAUGAAAACAACUUGGGCAAGAAGAUUGAAAAGUCGGCGCCGUGUGUCAAGGCGCUCAUCCGCGAUGUCCGUGCGUAUGCUCAAAAGUGCGCCGGCUCGGUGCGUCAAGUGCCGAUCGGCCUCGACAACGCUGACGUUGACACGCCGUCGCACCCUCGCGCAUCCUGGCUCGGCUACUACGACUGUCUCAAGAGCAACGACGAAAACACCCGUGCCGAAUGGAUUGGGUUCAACCCGUACGUUGAAUGCGACCCGACGACGCACCUCAAGUACGCCGACUCCAAGGGUCUGCAAAAGCUCGUUGGCGACUACAAGAAGGCGGGGUAUUCGCGCCCGAUCGUCUUUGGCGAGUUUGGCUGCAUCGAUAUCACCAACACGAUCAACAACAUUGAGCAGCAGCGUACCUUCUUGGAGGCGAAAUGGAUGAACGAAGAAGCCGAGAUGACCGAGUACGUCUCGGGCGGCAACGCGUUCGAGUACAGCGUCGAGAAGGCCAACCUCAUCGACAAGGCGGCGACACCGCCGUAUGCCAAGAAGGACACGGGUCGGUACGGGAUCGGGUACUUUACGCCCGACAACUGCGACCACGACACGAUCCCGUGUGUCUACAACAAGUACCCCGAGUUCGACAACCUCGCCUUGGCGUACAACUCGACCAAGGCAUCAACCGUCACCAAGGACGCGUUCACGCCGGCGCGAUCGACUGUGAUGACGUGUCCCGUCGACUUUCCGACCGUCGACUUGCCCCCGACGCCGUCGGUGCCCAUCCUUCAGUGCACGACCGCACAGCCCAUGUGCAACAAUGGUGCGUCCAACAAGCACAAGAACCUUGGCGGCACGGGCAAUGGCGGUGCGUCGGGCGGUACGAGCGCGGCGCCGUCGCUGCCGACUACGUCAACGCUGGCACUUGGCCUCGGCGUCACGAUCGCGCUAGCGCAGCUCUAA